AUGACUUUGUCAGAUCUGAAGAACAGCAUCUUGGAGAAGGUUGGCGUGUUGGGUAGCAAGUGGGUGAAGAAACUAUUCUACAAGAUUCCCAUGGCGGUUGUAUCGACCGGUGUUCAGUAUGAAACCUUUGCGGUUAAGGCUGAUGAAGAUAUUAGGGUUCUGUUCUACUGUGUACGGAGUUUUCCGGAGAUCAGAAUCCAUGAGUUGUUCACGAAGUUGGAGGUUGGUGUCGAUAGUUCUGGGGCAUCCGCGCCAGUUCCCUGCCCAGCUGCCGCGGGUGGUGCAUCUAGUUCGAUGCCUGCGGUCAAACCGUAUGUUCCGCCGGUUCAAUCACCUUCGUUUGCGGCUGAUUUAGACCGAACAGAGGUUGUUGGUUCUAUACCUUUGGAGAAUGCAGCAAUCAUUGAGCCUCCGCACGUUGUGGGCACCGGUGGUGGCCUCGUACCUUAUAUCGAAGACUUUGGUGGACCUGAUCAAGUAGAGAAUGCAAUGCGUGACGAAGAGUCUGACCAGGAGCCUGUUGAUAUCGAUGGUGAUAGCGACGAUGACAGACGAGGCGAUCCACAUGCGCAGCAUAGGCCAGCAAGUUCUGGUUCUCAUCACUACCCUCCACACUUCUCGACACUAAACUUGGAAGCUCUUGGUCAACAGGAAGACAGUGGUAAUAGAGUGGGGGGAUCUUCUGCAGAAUUUCAGAUUGGGCAAUCAUUCCAGAGUAAAGAUGAAGCUGUGCUGAGUGUAAAAGACUAUAGCAUCUGGCGAGGUGUUGAGUACAGAGUCGUCGAAUCGGAUAAUUUGAAGUAUCAUGGAAAAUGCAAGGAAUUCGGCAAGGGUUGUACUUGGUUGAUUCGUGUAGCGCUUCGUGCACGAAAGGGGACUUGGGAGGUUAGGAGGUACAACGGGCCACACACAUGCCUCGCAACUUCUAUUUCAAGUGAUCACCAUCAGCUGGAUUACCACGUUAUCUGUGCGAGGAUUCUUCCUAUGGUUAGGGCAGAUGCUGCGGUUACGGUAAAGGUACUUCAACAAGCGACAGAAGCUGAUUACGGUUUCAGGCCUAGUUAUAGGAAGGUUUGGAUGGCUAAGCAGAAGGCAGUGGCAGAAAUAUAUGGAGAUUGGGAAGAGUCUUAUGCGGAGUUGCCACGUUGGAUUCUUGGGAUCCAGGCGACAAUGCCUGGAACAAUCACGGUCCUGAAAUGA